GUACUCGCCUGACCACCUUCUCCUCACACGCCUGACCCCGUCGCUCUCACACGCCUGACCUCGGGUACGCACCCUCGCCUUCUAUCCUCACCCGCAGUCUCCCACUCUCAUCAUCACUGGUCUAUACUCGCAUUCGCCACCCGUGCAGGCGCUCGUCCCGACUCCCAAAACUGCUGUCGUUCAUGAUGGUGGUGGGAGGAUAACCGACGUGCGCGAGGUGUCCGGCGAAUGAGACGUGCGCAAGGUGUCCGGCGAAGGACGCGCGAGGUGUCCGGCGAAGGACGCGCGCGAGGUGUCCGGCGAAUGAGACGCGCAAGGUGUCUGGCGCGCAGGUCAGCCUCCGCGAGAUCGAGGAGGUGCCGCUGGCGCGCAGGGAGAUGGUGGAGGGAUGGAAGGGGAAGGGGGGGAUCGUCAGAUGCCUCAGCAGCCGGGGGGUUGCCGGACGCGUCAGCAGCCGGGGGUUCGAUAGAUGCCUCAGCUGCAGGAGGCAGGUUUGGGAGCGACGCCAGGACCAGUUCCGGGAGCGCUGCCAGGAGCAGUUCUGGAAGCGCGCCAGGAGCAGUUCCGGGAGCGCUGCCAGGAGCAGUUCUGGAAGCGACGCCAGGGGCAGGUUUGGGAGCGACGCCAGGGGCAGUUCUGGAAGCGCUGCCAGGAGCAGUUCCAGGAGCGACGCCAGGAGCAAUUCCGGGAGCGACGGGGCAGUUCUGGAAGCGACGCCAGGAGCGUGUGCGCCCUCGACGUAUCCCCACCCCACGCGUCCCUCGACGCAUCCUCUAUCCGCAUCACCGACGCAUCCCCCACCCCACGCGUCCCUCAACGUCGCUGACCCUCGCGUUUCUCGAAUCCGCGGCGACUGGGUCUUGCCCCCCCUCCUCGCCUCGCCGCCCUCCUCGCUGCCAUCGUCGCCACCCUCCACGCUAUGACCAUCGUCGCCACCUUCCACGCACCAUCGUCACCACCCUCCUCACCGUCCUCCUCGCCUCGCCGCCCUCCUCGCCUCGCCGCCCUCCAUGCGCGCACAAAUUGCGGGCGGAUCGAGGUAGUGGGGGAGGUGAAUACCAAAAUUUGGUGGAGAGGGGGGAGGUGAAGAGGGGAGUGGGGAGUGGGGGGAGGUGGGUGGUGGAGAGGGGAGAGGGGGUAGGGUGAGGUGGAGAGGUGGGGAGGGAGGGGUGAGCUUGGUGGGGAGGUGGGGGAGAGAGGUGGAUGAAUUUGGUGGGGGUGGGGAGAAGUGGGCGGGGUGGAGAGGGAGGUGAAUUUGGUGCGGGAGGUGGAGAGGGGGUGGGGUGAGGUGGUGGAGAGGGGGGUGAGUUUGGUGGGGGUCGGGUGAAGUGGGGAGGUGAAUAAAUGUGGUGGACAGGGGGGAGGUGGGUGGUGGAGAGGGGGGAGGGGUGAAGAGGGGCGGUGGAGAGGGGGGAGGUGAGCGUGCAGGCGGUCAGAGAAGGAGGGUGGACGGUCAGAUAGGAUAGGCGGUGUGUACAUGACGCGGCUUGAUCUUGGACCCUUCAAAGCGCGCGUGAAGACUGUACGAUAUCUCAUUGCAGUAAUUAGUAAUUGAUCGUGAAAAUCAAAUUGAACAAGUCGAACGUUGAGAACGUGUCAGGC